GACCACACGCUUUGGCCGGAAGUGGCCAAGUUGUACGGGCACGGGGACGGGAUCAUGUGCCUGGCCGCAGACCCAACGGGGCAAAUCGUGGCCUCCGCCUGCAAGGCCCGCGACGCCGAGACAGCACAAGUCCGGUUGUGGGACACGGGGAGCUGGCGCGGGGUCGGGGUCUUGCCCGGGCACGCCUCUACGGUCGUGCAGUUGGCUUUCUCGCACGACGGCUCCCUGCUGGCGAGUGUGUCCAAGGACAGGCAGGUCUGCCUCUACGCUAGGGAGGAGGACGGGGAGGGACCGCGCGCGGGGGCCUUUAGGCCGGUGCAGACGCUGGCCCGUGCGCACAAGCGUAUCAUCUGGUCCUGCGACUGGGCCCACGAUGACGCCUUGCUGGCCACGGCCUCCAGAGACGGGGUGGUAAAAAUUUGGGGAUGGCAGGGGGAGGGGGGAGUCAUGUGGCGCGACCAGGUCUUACCGGUGCUUGGACCGGAGGCCCUGGCCAGCUUCAAGCCCAGCACGAGCGAAACGGACGCGGUCACGGCCGUGGCCUUCGCACCCCGCUUGGUCCAGGGGGCCGACGUGGCCGGCUAUCUGCUCGCGCUGGGCACAGAGAGUGGUAACGUGGAGUUGUGGACCGGUACCAAGGAUAAGGGCAAGUCCUGGCGCUGCCUCCUUGCGUUCGACGGAAGCCUGCCCCACGCUGGAGCGGUGCGCCGGCUCCGCUGGAAACCUCUCUCGUCCGCGCAGGAUGGUGAUGAGAAGACCUCGUUGAUCUUAGCCAGCUGUGGGACCGACCAUGCCGUGAAAAUAGCCAGGAUCCGGCACCUGUGAUGUCGCGCGUCGAGGCGUUCUUGGGAACACAUUAGAGCAAAGAAUGACACUGAUACCUGUAAUGAGGAAGCCCUGGAGCUUAAACAGGCAUUCGUGAUUGGAAAAGCGUUCAUUUGAAUCAUCCCCCUCCUAGACAAUGUUAUGAGGACACACUCAACAUUCAAAUUCUCCUUCCAUUACCCCGCACAGACGCGGCUUCGAUGCGC